AUGUACUUGCGUUUCCAAAACAAGUCAUUCUGGGAAAGCCUGCACUUGAAACGUGGCCUUGAGGACUGGGAUAUGGCAAUGGAGCUCAAGCUCAGCACCGCUACUGAGGAGUUUCUGCAAGAACCUGGCAUCCAGCCCCGGCUUUGGCUGUGGGUGAGCCCCAGCCUGGUCUGCCCCAUCUCUGGGAGCCCUGGUGUGGACGCGGCCGGACCCGACAGCCCGGGGCCCUCGGAUGCUGCUGUCACGGAGACCUCCCCUGCGAACACUUCCUGGGACAGCUCCGACACCGACUGUGCCGAGGAGGCCACGCUGCCGUCCCCCAGCGAGGACGGAGAGCUCACUGAGGAUGAAGAGGCUGCGCAUGUGGACACCCCCAUCCCUCAGGAGAUGCCGAAAGCUCCUGAGCUCGAGGCGAUGCUGAUGCCUCGGAAACCCAUGGUCCUCAGACCUCAAAGCGUGAAGCUCAAGCACCCCAGGAGCGCCAAAACCGAGGGAGAGUGGCCCCGUCCCCCCCUGAAUUACCACAUCCUCAUCGCCCUGGCCCUGCGCAGCAGCAGCAGCGGCAGCCUGACCGUACAGCAGAUCUACCAGUUCACACGACACCACUUCCCGUUCUUUCAAACGGCCCCGGAGGGCUGGAAGAGCACGAUGAGACACCACCUGUGCUUCAGCAGCUGCUUUGAGAAAACCCCUUCCUUCGUCUGCAGAGUGGGGAAGCGCAGGUCCUGCCUGUGGAAGCUGACGCCAAAAGGACACAGGAAGCUCCAGGAGGAGGCACAGGCCCUACCUGAAUUGGUUCUCGACUUGGUGCGCCAAAGCAUGAGCGAGCCGG